CCGAAAAUCAGACAAAAAUGUCACCUUGACUUUUUCUUUAGAGAAAAGUUCUCACUCUGGAAAUACCCUUUUUUUAAAUAAUUGUUUUUCGAGAAAAACUGGAAGAUGAGUUCCAAGGUCGAAACAGUGUUGUACUCGCAACUGCAACCCUGGAGUACAGUGGGUGCCACCCCCUGUGUAGAGCAAGUGGCUGGAGCACCGAUACCAACGAGAAUUGGUGAAUACUUCAAAACCCCCAGACCUCAUCCAUGGAGACCAACUCUCGGAUACGAAAACAUCGAACUGUCCCCACUGCCAAGUCAACCUGUGACUAACACUAUCGUAGAUCCAUGCUACACACCAUAUGGCAUGGCCACAAGGCCCUUGAAAUUCCCUAAUCUGGUGACAGGAUUCGACAGGAAUCCAGCUCAUGCUGCAAGGGCAGCUUUGUAUACACGAUAUACUCCUUUCGAAUGGACUCAGAACAAUUUAAAGAACUUCAACGAAUCGGACACCAACAGGAAUUAUUCGGAAAGAUUAAGGGGGGAGUUCAUCAGGGUGAUGAGGGAAACUGAUGAAAAAACCCUAGCAGGACAAAGGGAAUCAGGACGAAGAUUGGGGGAAAGAAUAACGGACACCACCUUCUGGAGGAACGAGGUUAGAACAGAAUUGGAGAAACUGCUGACAGAGUCAGCGUUGCUGCAGGAUUCUAGGAGAAGCAUUCAGAAAGCUAUGAACGACAUAGAAGGUCCCUUGCAUAUCGCGCAGGAAUGUCUAUAUCAGAGAGAAAACAGAUUAGGGACUGAUCUGGUGCACGACGAUCCAGAACAAUCUCUGCUGACCGAAAUCGAAUUAUACCGAAAUUCGCUGGAAAAGCUGAAGUGCCUGUUUAAUAAGAUGGAGGACCAAAUGAGGAACAACAGAGCCGCACAACACGAGCUCGAAUUGGACGUGGUCAGCAAGGAAUCUGCCCUUGGAAUCGAUAAUAUGUGCCAUCAACUCAACAAUUUUUCGAAGGGAAUCAGCUAUUACGGAGGGAUUGAAAAAUUCGAUCCAACGGUGAGCACGCAACUGACGUGGGCGGAAAACAGCAACAGGAUGGUGCAAAGAUCGCAGGAGGAGAGGAGAAAGUCCUCGCAGAUGAGAUCGGACGUAGAAAAUCUGAUAAACGGUGUUGCUAUCGAGAUCUGGGAUGCUUGGAGUAAAACGAACAAUGCUUUGGCCAGAAGGGCUGCCGAGACGCUAGAGGCCAAGAGCAAGUUGCAAAUGCACCUGCACAAGAUCCAGCAAGAAAUAUUCUCUGUCGAAAAGAAUAUCGAGCUUCUGAAGAAAGCUAUGAAUGACAAAUCUAAUCCAAUGAAAGUGGCCCAUACGCGAUUAGAAGCUAGGACGCACAGGAAGCAAAUUGAACUCUGCAGGGAUAUCGCCCAGGACAGAUUAGUGUCAGAGGUUCACGACCUACAGAACAGCAUCGAAUAUCUGAACAUGAAACUCCAGGAAGCUGAGGCUCAACAUCAACAGCUGCUGAAGACAAGGGCCAACCUCGAAUCGGACUUACAUAACAAAGUUAAUACGCUGUUCAUCGAUAGGGAGAAAUGCAUGGGAAUGAGGAGAUCCUUCCCCAUCACUGCGACAAUCAAGUACUAACAAUUCAAAAAUCAUAUUUCAUCACAUCCUCGUCUUCCAUUGCAUGUUAUGCACAUGAGGCUUUUUUCGAAUGCAAUAAAAAAGAUUCAAAUUUA